AUGAGUAUGGCACCGAACAUAUCCUCCGCUCCACCUGGCCUGUACCGACCACUGGACAAUGCACUCAAAGAGAUCCGCGUCCUCCACCUUUUCCCUGGUAGGGAGGACUCUCCAGUCGUCUGCGGCAUCCGCACCGUCUCGCUGGCGAACGACAAGCAGCUGCCCAUAUACGACGCCAUGUCGUAUGUUUGGGGCCCUUCAAACGAAGGGAGGACCGCCUUUCUUCACAGCGGAGGUACCCAGUAUGAAGUACCGGUGACCGACAAUCUACACCGUGCUUUGCGGACCAUGCGCUUCCGAAGAUCCAAGUCUCUCGUCAUCUGGGUGGAUGCUCUCUGCACAAAUCAGAACGACAACCACGAGAAGAGCCAACAAGUUGCAAAAAUGGCACAGGUAUACAAUAAGGCUCAAUGUGCCCGCGCCAUGACCGAUAGAUUCAAGGAUGCACCCAGAUUGGCAAGACAACGAAAUUGGGUCUUGAUUUGGUACGGCUGUUGGGACAUCUUCAAUCUAUGCAUAGAGUUCUUGACUGCCAAGAUACGCAAUACAGAAUACGCCUUGGGGACCUCGUCGAGGCCCUGGCACGCCCGCGCCUGGGUCUGCCAGGAGUUUUACGUGGCUCAGAAAGUCGUCUUCGUCAGCGGCAGGACUGUCCUCAAACGCUUCCACGGCCGGGCGUGGGACGAUAUGCAGAGAUUCAUGGUCUACAUAGGACCACAUGAAUACGGCCUCUGGGAAUCAUGGGCAGAGAGCUUGUAUCAAUGGUCAUCGAUGCACAAGGUCCGCCACAAAACUGGAUCCCUACUGCACGCCGCGAUAGCCACCGCCGGUGCAAAUGCCUCUGACGACAGGGACAAAGUAUACUCUUUGAUCGGACUCAUGCCUGAAGAUUCGUCCCUUAAGGUGGAGGCCGACUACGAUCUGGCUACUUGGGCAGUGUAUGCGAGGGCUACAUUUUCCGACAUUCGAGAGACCAGCAACUUGCUGUCCUUGGAAUUUGCCGAUUACGAACAUGCUGCAGUAAAGAAUCUGCCCACAUGGACCGUAGACUUUCUGCCUUCUUUGGUCUUGUGGUCACUCCUGGCAUAUUUGAGAUGCGAUACUAUCAAGACGCCCCUCCAGCCAUCGCGGAACCUGACAUGCCGGUACUCAGCUCUGACUCUCGCCAUCUGA